AUGAGUUGCCAUCGGGCAUGUAAGGAUUGUUGGAAGAAUUACUUGACACACAAAAUUAAGGUUAGAAAGUUUGAAAUUCAGUGCUUGGGAAAGGAUUGCGAGAUAGUUUUGAAUGAGGAAGCGAUCCUGUCCUUUCUACAAGAAAACAUUGAUACUAUUGAACUUUAUCACAAAGUGGGUUUGGAGGAUUUUGUGGCAGUUAACAGGUUUUUGAAAUGGUGUCCAGGAAUCAAUUGUGGAAGAGUGGUCAAGGUGAGUGAGUGA